AAAAUGGCUGAUGAGAAAAGACGAACCAAGUUAUUAAAAAAGAAGACAGUGUUGUCACCGUCUCAAAUUCAACUGUUAGUGGAAUUAUGGGGGGAAAAGAUUGCCGAUCUUCGGGGCUGUCGAAAAAACAGCCAUGUAUACGAGGAAAUGAAAGAGUCAUUUAAACACCACGGCAUCGAAGUCACAACAGACGAAAUAAAGAAUCGCAUACAUAACUUAACUGCACGUUACAGGAAAGAAAAAACAUCUAUCGGUCCGUCGGGUGGAUCGCCAUCGCAAUGGCCACAUUACGAUAAAAUUCACAGAAUUUUAGGGAGUUUCCGAAUAAAUAACAUCGAGUCAGUUAUUGAGGAUAGUAUAGUAAAUGAUACGGAUUAUUCUGCUAUGUACCCGGAGGAUUGGCUUGGAGUAGAGGAAUCUGAUGCGGAACAGCAAGCAACAGGACUGUCACUGGCCAAUGAAAUCCAAGACCAGGUAGCAAGUUCACCCGUGGAAUUCUCCGCAGGCACAUCAAAAGUAGCAAUUUCACCCGUGGAACCCUCCGCAGGCUCAUCGAAAGUGGCUUCAAAGAGAAAAAGGAACACAUGUAAUGAAUUAAUUGACGAAUUCAAAAGAACGAACGAAAGAAUCGAAGUAGAGUUAGCACACAUGAGGGAAACAGAUGAGAAAUUAAUUGCUUUGGAAGAAGAAAGAAACGAAAUAUUGAAACAAAUGAGCAAUAGUUCAACUGCACUAAGUAACGCAAUUAUAAACUAUUUAAAUAAAUGAUAUGACACAACGGAUAGAUAAAUACCUACAUCCAUAUAUACUUAUACUACAUACUUGAAAUACAAUGAAUUUGAUUUUAUACCUAAGUAAUUACUAAUUGCAUUCCGAACACCUUGACCGGCGGAAUUGAAGUCCGAGAUGAGAACAUUUUGAUCUGGUUGUUGCCUGAAACUUGUACGUUCUUCUUGUGUCAAUUCCAUCAACCAUUUACUGUUAAGACAAUCAUUGGAUUCGUUCAGGAAAUUGUGCAGUAUACAACAGCUUUUAACCACCAGAGAAACAUUAUCAAUGUGAUUGUCCAUCCCUUUUCCUAUGCGCCUGAAUCUAGCUUUCAGAUCACCAAAUGCAUUUUCUACAACACGUCUAACUUUGGAUAAGGAAUAAUUAAAUCGUUUUUCCUUUGCAUUUGAUGCAGCGCUGAACGGGAACGGUUUCAUGAGAUUUUCUGCUAGCCGAAAAGCCGAAUCACCUACAAUCAAUACUGGUACAUCAACUCCACAAAUCUUCUUCGACAGGUUUUUGAAAAUUGGUUUAAGGUGUUCAUACUUUAGGGCACAGUUUUCAUAUAUUUGUGAAUCGUUGCAUCUUCCCGGACUUCCGACGUUUACGUAAAGAAAUCUGUAUCUACAGAGAACAAUCAUUUUACAAGGCAUUUCAAACGGAAAUCGAUGAAAACUGUGUUUCUUCAUUCCCUUGGUCGCCAGAGGAAAGAGUGACAAGAAUUGCAAUAAAACAUGGUGAUGGCAUCCCUCAUGGCCGAAGCUCAAAAAUAUGGCGACUGAUUUAUGAGAUUGCUAAGCAAGUUCUGUAAUGCAGAACCAAAAUGUUUGACAACAAGCAUCCAAUUGCUAGUUAGAUUCUGCGAUAUUUUCCCAAAAAUAUGGCUUUUUUUACUUAUUAAAAGCGUACAUGCUUGUGACUUUAAGAAAUAAGCUUGGAAAUAUGGACAAACCUAACGACCACUAAGUAAUUAUAUAUAACAUAUAUGCAUUGCAAGAUAUGGUAGCCUUACCUGUAAUCUACCAAUGCAAGCAGUACCGUUGAGUACCACCCUUUGUAGUUGUGGUAGUCUACUGCAUCAUCAGCGUUAGGUCUGACCUCAAUGUGACAUCCAUCUGUGGAAAAGUAGUACUGAAGAAACAACAGAAACAAAGAACAUCAUAACAAUUACCAAUGGCACCAUAGCAUUGUGGAAACCCAAGCUUUUCAAACCCUGCAAUCCUCUCUUUCAGUUGUUCUUCACUAAUAGGAUACGUGUUUAAAAAAUCUUUCUUCAUGACUCGCCACACUUCGUUGCAAAAAUCUAAUAAAAUUUGGCAUACUGUGGAUUUACCAACACCAAACAUAUUGGCAAUUGUUCUGUAUUCAGCAGAUGAUCCCAGGGCGUACAUUGCAAUUGCGACUCUUUUCCGUAGCGGUAUACAUUUGCGGAAGUUGGAAUCGAGUUU